AUGUUUCGCCUCGUUCUCUAUGCUAGCUUUAUCGUCGGUGCGAUUUCACGCAAAGCGCGCCAGCAGCUCGAUCAAUGCACGGCAGCUUGCAAAGUCGGAGUCAAAGCCGUAUACCACUACAAAUGGUACCCUCAUAUGUUCUCUAGCACGAUCGUGGCUGCGACGGUAGUAAAAAUCGUCAAUACGGUGGCGGGCACAACGAGAACCAGCACGAUAUAUAACGAUCUCCCGAGCGGUUAUACCCUUCCGCCCACCAACGAAGACGGAACACAGGUGGCGACUGUCACAUACAGUCAGCAAGGGUCAACGAAGACCACCGUUCUCGCGUUUCCAACCAGCUUCCGGUCCUGGGCCGACGGGUACACCUUUCAAGGGGUGCUGCCAACUGAGAAAGACGGAGAAACGACAUGCAUGUCUGCUGAGGAACCUUCAUUCGUUCCGUUCCCGUCCUUCCCGCAGUCAGCGGUAACGGAGACACCGACACAUACGGCCGGCCCCGACCCAAAGGGCCUCCUUUUCAAAUUCACAUCGUUGGACGAGGGAGCGAACCAAUACGUGACAGCAUACUCGGACCUAGCUGCUUUUCAAGAAUGCUCAAUCUCGAAAUACCCGCUUCCUCUGGUAGCUGAGCCGACAGUCAGGUUUCUGAGCCAAACAGUCACAUCUUUCGAAGGCGCUGAGGCUACAUCGCAAGCUAGUGGUCGCGCGGGCCCGACUACGACCUCAGCUGCGUCACCGUCGUUGACACCCCACUCGGUUCUUGUACUCUCAUGCAUCUUGAUCGCGAUGGCUGUGGUUCCCGGGUAUAUAUAG